GAGGAUGGUGACGGUGGGGGGCUCGGGCGCCUGGACGUGGCUGCUGCGCGGCCCCAGCGCCGCCGAGGUGCUGCUGCUCGCCGUGUGCUGGCUGGGCUGCUACUGGCUGCUGAGGCGGCCGCGGCCGCCGCCGGGGCUGCCGCCGGGCCCCGCGCCCUGGCCGCUCGUCGGCAACUUCGCCUUCGCGCUGCUGCCGUCGCCGCUGCUGCGGAAAUGGGCGCUGGAGGCGGGGGGCAGCCGCAAGGGCUGCCCCGUCUCCUCGCCACACGUCUUCCUCACCAGCCUCAGCGAGAUCUACGGCAGCAUCUUCAGGCUCUUCGUGGGCAGCCGGCCCUUCAUCGUGCUCAACACCUUCGAGGCGGUGCGGGAGGCGCUGGUGCACAAGGCGGAGGUGUUCAGCGACCGGCCCACCGUCCCCAUCGUCGUCAUGAUCACCCGCAAGAAGGGUGUUAUUUUUGCACCUUAUGGCCCUGUCUGGAAGCAACAGAGGAAAUUCUCUCUCUCCACGCUUCGUCAUUUUGGAGUAGGAAGACACAGCUUAGAACCUAAAAUCAUCGAAGAGCUGAAGUUUAUAAAGGAAGAAAUGCUAAAGCAUGGAGAUGAUUCAUUUAAUCCCUUUCCGAUUAUUCGCAAUGCAGUGUCCAAUGUUAUCUGUUCUAUGGCUUUUGGAAAGCGUUUUAACUAUGAAGACAUUGAGUUUAAGACCAUGCUGAAGAACAUGGCCCGUGCACUAGAGCUAAGUGUGAACAGCUCUAUGAUCCUGGUCAAUAUCUGCCCUUGGCUGUACUAUCUUCCCUUCGGACCUUUCAGGGAACUUAGACAAACAGAAUUAGAUAUUACUGCUUUUUUAAAGAAAAUAAUUGCACAGCACAGGGACACACUGGAUGCAGCAAAUCCCAGGGACUUCAUUGAUAUGUAUUUCCUCCAUGCAGAAGAAGAGAAGAACAAGGAGAGCAGUUUUAAUGAAGACUACCUAUUUUUUAUCAUUGGUGACCUCUUCAUUGCAGGCACAGACACCACUUCCAAUACAUUGUUGUGGUGCCUGCUCUAUAUGUCUCUCUACCCAGAAGUACAAGAGAAGGUUCAUGCAGAAAUUGAAGCAGUUCUAGGACGUGACAAAGUUCCCUCUCUUGCCCACAAGGCUCAAAUGCCCUUCACAGAGGCAACUAUUAUGGAAGUGCAAAGGAUGACUGCAGUUGUUCCUCUUUCUGUCCCUCGAAUGGCCUCAGAAACUGCUGUGCUGCAAGGAUAUACUAUUCCUAAGGGCAGUGUGAUUGUGCCCAACUUGUGGUCAGUGCACAGAGAUCCUAAUAUUUGGGAGAAACCAGAUGAAUUUCAACCAACAAGAUUUCUGGAUGAAAACGGCGAGCUAAUUAAGAAGGAGACCUUCAUUCCUUUUGGAAUGGGUAAACGUGUGUGCAUGGGAGAGCAGUUGGCAAAAAUGGAGCUGUUCUUAAUUUUUGCAAGUCUCAUGCAAAGUUUUACAUUUUUGUACCCUGAAAAUGCCACAAAGCCAUCCAUGGAGGGAAGGUUUGGUCUAACUUUAGCUCCGUGUCCAUUCAAACUAAGAGCUUUGAAGAGAUGAUGUAACAUCAAAAAAGAGUAAAUGAAGAAAUACUGCACUUACUAAAUUCAGCUUUAUUAUGUUUCCAGCUUAUUAUGCUACUUCCUUUUCAGAAAAACACCAACUGCAUAGACUUUCGUAAUCGGUGAGAAUGAUUGUUCUGGAAGGAAGAGAUUUUGUUAUGUCAGCUAUUGCAUUCCACAGAUGAACUGACAACACUGUAGUUUGCAGUUUGUUACCGAAACUUGUUGGGUUCCCUUCCCUUCCCCCAUCUGUAAGCUAUGACUGUCAGUUUGUCAAAUACAAAUUAUGGGAGAAUGAUCCAAAAUGUAUGUUAAUACUCUAGUGAAUAAUAAUGAUUAUUUUGGUAAAAGCAGUGCAUAAGCAUUUAUCAAGUGAGUGAAGGACAUAAUCUAAUACCAAAGCAUUAAUGAAGGAGAGGGUAUUAGCAUCUUCAGCAUAAAGAAACACUAUACACUAUGCCUGAGUAUAAAUAAUGACAAAUACUUUUAAAAAAUGGCUGAAUGACACUUCUUUUAAUCUUAGAGGAUUUUUUCUUGUAAGUAACUGUCAGGCUGGAUCAAGUCAGUUCUGAUUCCUGGAUCACUGGAUCAGGGCUCACUGUAAAAAUGCAGGUACCAGAUGGAAAAGUCCAUGCCAUAUUUGCUGGCUUGGGGCCAUGAAAGGAGUGCUUUGGAGUCUGGAUGUGUAGAUGUUUUAUCUCAGUGUAGAAAUGAGCAGAUUUCCCAAGAAAGAAACAGUAGAAAUCUCUUCUCUCUGGCUGACUGACUCGGGGCUCUUCACAGUGGCCAAGCAGAUGUGCAAGAGUACCUCUGCGCUGUCACUUCAAGUUCCUCACGGGUCCCACGCCGGUGGUGGCAGCCUGUAGUCUGGCUGCAGGCCGACAGCCUGCUCCUUGGGGAAGUGUGUAUGUGGAUAAUAUGAAUGUUGGGCCUUGCGCUCAGGUUCUGCCUUUGUGGGCAGUGCGUGCACAGCUGCCACCUUUGUCCUGUUUGGCUUUGAGAGCUGGAGUCGUAUUUCAAAGACGGCAUCAAAGGCACUGCAGACAGAAGUCUUGAAGAUUUAGGCAUGGAAAAUAUCUGACAAACUUGCGGCUUGACUGUAGAGGUGCUCUCUUUGGUUAUCUGGCAUAUGGAGUAAAAAGACCUAUAGUUGGUAUACUGUAUCAGUGUCUUACUCUUCUCUCAUGCAGAGUUUUCAUGCUUUUUAGCAGUAUUAACUAACUGUUGGAGAAGCCUAUGGUUAAGUGUAUCGGAAUGGAACGCUUGCUCUGCGUAAGCUUGCCUUUUAUUUGAAAGAUCUCUUGAAUAUGUAAUCUUCUGCGGGUCGGGCAACAAUUCAAACAAUUCACCUUUCAGUAAUUGUUCCUAGUCAUCUUUCAGUCUCUACACACCUUUUAAUCUAGCAAACUUCAGAGGAAAUAAAUCCAUACAUACUCUUCAA